CCUAAGACUUGCUAUAUAUGUGAUGAACAAGGAAGAGAAAGCAAAGCAGCUACUGGUGCUUGCAUGACAUGUAAUAAACAUGGAUGUCGACAGGCUUUCCAUGUAACCUGUGCUCAGUUUGCUGGGCUGCUUUGUGAAGAAGAAGGAAAUGGUGCAGACAACGUCCAGUACUGUGGCUAUUGUAAAUACCACUUUAGUAAGCUGAAAAAGAGCAAACGGGGAUCUAAUAGGUCAUAUGACCAAAGUUUAAGUGAUUCUUCCUCUCACUCUCAGGAUAAACAUCAUGAGAAAGAGAAAAAAAAAUACAAAGAAAAGGACAAACACAAACAGAAACACAAGAAGCAACCAGAACCAUCACCUGCCUUGGUUCCUUCUUUGACUGUUACUACAGAAAAAACUUACACAAGCACUAGCAACAACUCUAUAUCUGGAUCAUUGAAGCGCUUGGAAGAUACUGCAGCACGAUUUACAAAUGCAAAUUUCCAGGAAGUCUCUGCACAUACCUCUAGUGGAAAAGAUGUUUCAGAGGCUAGAGGGUCAGAGGGAAAAGGGAAGAAAUCUUCAGCUCACAGCUCAGGUCAAAGGGGAAGGAAGCCUGGUGGUGGACGAAAUCCAGGAACAGCUGUGUCAGCAUCUAGCCCCUUUCCACAAGGCAGUUUUUCAGGAACUCCAGGCAGUGUAAAAUCAUCUUCUGGAAGUUCAGUGCAAUCUCCUCAGGACUUCUUAAGCUUUCCAGACUCAGAUCUGCGGAAUGACAGUUAUCCUCACUCCCAGCAGUCAUCAUCAACCAAAGAUGUACAUAAAGGAGAGUCUGGAAGCCAGGAAGGGGGAGUAAAUAGUUUCAGUUCUUUAGUAGGUCACCCUGGGACCUCAACUGUUAUUUCACAGCCUAAAAGCUUUGAAAAUUCACCUGGAGAUUUGGGUAGUUCCAGCCUCCCUACAGCAGGAUAUAAGCGAGCUCAGACUUCUGUUAUAGAAGAAGAAGCUGUAAAAGAAAAGAAACGAAAAGGAAAUAAACAAAGUAAACAUGGGCCUGGCCGACCCAAAGGAAACAAAAAUCAAGAAAAUGUUUCUCACCUCUCAGUUUCUUCUGCUUCACCAACAUCAUCUGUUGCAUCAGCUGCAGGAAGUGUAACAAGCUCUAGUCUUCAGAAAUCUCCUACCCUGCUCAGGAAUGGAAGUCUGCAGAGUCUUAGUGUUGGCUCAUCUCCAGUUGGUUCAGGUAUUUAUAACAGCAAUGAUGUAGCUGUAUCCUUUCCAAACGUGGUGUCUGGCUCGGGAUCUAGUACUCCUGUCUCUAGCUCUCACAUACCUCAGCAGUCAUCUGGGCAUUUGCAACAGGUGGGAGCCCUCUCCCCCUCAGCUGCGUCAUCUGUAACCCCUGCAGCCACUACAACUCAGGCAAAUGCCCUCUCUGGACCUUCCCUUAGUCAGGCACCAGCUCAUCUGUAUGGCAGUAGAUUGAAUCCAAAUCCACCCAUGGCCGUUCUCAUAGCACAGUCUGAAAGCAACCAAACAGAUCAAGAUCUCGGAGACAGUAACCGAAGCUUAGUUGGUCGAGGAAGCUCACCGCGAGGAAGCCUCUCACCAAGAUCCCCUGUAAGCAAUUUACAGAUUCGCUAUGAUCAACCAAGCAAUAGCAGUUUGGAAAAUCUGCCUCCAGUAGCAGCAAGUAUUGAACAACUUUUGGAGAGGCAGUGGAGUGAAGGACAGCAAUUUUUAUUAGAACAGGGCACUCCUAGUGACAUUUUAGGAAUGCUGAAGUCAUUACACCAACUUCAAGUUGAAAAUCGAAGAUUAGAAGAGCAAAUUAAAAACUUGACUGCCAAAAAGGAACGUCUUCAGUUACUGAACGCACAGCUUUCCGUGCCUUUUCCAGCAAUAGCAGCCAAUCCUAGUCCACCUCAUCCGAUACACACAUUUCCUGCACAGACUGCUCCUACUACGGAUUCGUUGAACAGCAGUAAGAGCCCACAUAUAGGAAACAGCUUUUUACCUGACAAUUCUCUUCCUGUAUUAAAUCAGGACUUAGCGUCCAGCGGACAGAGCACCAGUGGUUCUUCUGCCCUUUCUACCCCCCCUCCUGCUGGGCAGAGUCCAGCUCAGCAAGGGUCCGGAGUUAGCGGGGUUCAGCAGGUCAAUGGUGUGACAGUAGGGGCACUAGCUGGUGGAAUGCAGACUGUAACAUCCACCAUUCCUGCCGUGUCUGCAGUUGGUGGAAUAAUUGGAGCUUUGCCAGGUAACCAACUGGCAAUUAAUGGCAUCGUAGGAGCUUUAAAUGGUGUGAUUCAGACCCCUGUCACAAUGUCCCAGAACCCCGCCCCCCUCACCCACUCCAGUGUACCACCUAAUGCGGCACAUCCAAUGCCGGCAGCUGCACUGACUAACAGUGCCUCGGGGCUAGGACUCCUGUCCGACCAGCAGAGACAGAUGUUCAUCCAGCAGCAGCAGUUCCAGCAGCUGCUUAACUCCCAGCAGCUCACACCCGAACAGCACCAGGCCUUUCUGUACCAGCUAAUGCAGCAGCAGCACCCACCUGAGCUCCAGCAGCUACAGCUCCCUGGGCCCACACAGAUCCCCAUCAACAACCUCCUUGCAGGCACUCAGGCGCCCCCACUUCAUACAGCCACCACCAACCCCUUUCUCACCAUCCACGGGGACAACACAAGUCAGAAAGUCACGAGACUUAGUGAUAAAGCUGGACCUGUAGCUCAGGAGAAAAGUUGACACUGAAAGCCUCCUCUGCUCCUGCUCCCCCGGGCGGCUGCUGCAGCUCUGCACAGCUAUGAUGACGGAAGAGGCGGCAGGGGUACACAGGAAAGGCAUCACGUGUGCUCUUGGGAGGCUUUGCUUUAGUUUUCCUGUCACUUUGUUGCACUGAAAUGAAAUUCCUAUAUCCCCAUCCCCUGCCAGAGUGUUUGAACUUUGGAAGAAAAAUAAAUAACUUUUUUGUCAAUGAUAUAAAAAAAAUGAUAAAAAAUGAUAAACAUGCAGAGUUUAUCAACCCAAGAAAAUGUAAUGUGCUUGCUACCCAGCUGGUUUUGUUACACGUUGAAGACACAGAUAGGAAGACUAAAGACUUCUCAUUGGCAAACCACGUGGUUUAUUGUAAAAGUUGGGAUAUGAAAUAUGAUCUCAUUCGGGAUAGAAUGUGGCUGCUCUUUAGGGCACAGCGUAAGUUUUGAGAAUUGUCCACCUUCUAUUCCUGCAAUUGUAGUCACUGACCACCGUGAUCAUACAGGUCCUCACCUGGGGCUUUGCAAAUGCUUUAAAAAUUCCAUUCUAAUGAGAUUUGUCCGUUUGCUGAUCAGGUUAGGAUGGAAACACCUGCUUCUGCUGACAGUCUUGCAAAAAAGAAUAUUUUUUUAUUGUUAAAAUCUAUUCCAUUUAAAGAGAUCUUGAGUUAAGUGAGUUCUAAGGCUGCUGGGAAAACCAGAUCAAUUGGAAAUGAAUAAUUUUUUUUCAGAAAGAGACACCAAUGUGGAAACUGCUGGUAGGGUCUGGCCUAGAUCAAGUGCCUGUUCGGACUCCAAAUGAAAGGGCUCCAGACAGCAGAGUCGGCCACUGUGCCAGCAGCCGUCCCCGAGCCUCUGCCUUUGUUGAGACUUCUCUACGCCACUGUCGAGCUCAUGCAAACUCUUACCUGGGUAUUUGUCCACUCAUGACUCACAAGGAAGCAAGUGGAUUGGGGAGAGUAUAUACAAUCAACCUCUCAGGAGUGCCCAUAGGAAUGAAUGGGCCACCACAGUUCCUAAGAUCUGUCUCUCAGCAUUUUGACUUUGGAUAGUCACACUCUUGAUUGUGACAAUAUGGCAGACGGGUAGGUUAAACAAUUGGGGAUAUAAUCAUUGAUCUGUUUCUGAAAUGCAUGACUUACUAGUGGAAAAGGCCCAACUGCAGUUCGACCUCCACUGUGCUUAGCUGGAAGAACAAGCUAGCUCUGCAGUCUGUCUCCUGGUGACACUGCACAGUUCUUACCUCACUUCUGUAAAUACAGUUUGUGAAUCUGUUUUGUAAUGUGAAAAAUUCAUAAGAUAACAUUGAUAUUUUGAUUUGUAAUAUUUCUAAUUGGUAGAUUUAAUUGAAAAGUAAAAUUAAUUUAUUUUUAUAUGUUCAGGGGAAUUUUAAAGUCAAACCUUUUGUAGAUAAUUUCAAAGAAUCAGUGUGGUUUAUUUUACUUAUUUAACCCACUGGUUGUUAUUCUGUAACAAUUUGUAUAAAUGGUAAAUUUUGAAUGUGCUGUUAUUUUCCUUAGAUGUAAAAUUCCACAUGUAUUAAAAUGUACAAAGUUUUGUUAAUAAAAUUUAAUGAUGUUUAUA